AUGGGAAGAGUCCAGUUCCCGACCAAGGACCGGUUCGCAGCACCCUUCCGUUCCAAGGAAGCAUUUAUCGACUUCAUCAAAGCCCCACAAGGCAAUGACGGUCACGCCCCAAUUGGCGACGAAAGAUGGUCCAACAAAGAUCUUGAGCCAACGCCAGUUGAACAGAGAACAUGGACUUGGUUUAAUCUGCCGUUAUACUGGUUCUCCAACCAAUUCUCCCUUGUUGGCUGGAACACUGGCUCCGCUCUCGUAACCGUCGGCCUGACAUGGCAACAAUCCUUCGUAUCGGCCUGCAUUGGCUCUUUCCUUGCUGCGGUCGUAGUUAUUCUCAUGGCCCGACCAGGCGUGAAGUAUCACAUCGGAUUUCCCGUCAUCGCAAGAUCAGUCAUGGGAAUGUACGGCUCUUACUUCUUCGUCUUCAUCAGAGCCAUGGUGUGCAUCAUCUGGUACGGCAUUCAAUCCUUCUACGCUGGGAACAUCCUCUCGGUGAUGCUCCGUUGCAUCUUCGGUAGCUCAUGGGAGAACUUUAUGAACACUCUUUCUCCUACUGCGAGCGUCACCUCAAAGCAACUUUUGGCUUUUUUCAUGGCUUGGCUAAUGGAGUUUCCGUUCAUGUGGGUCCAUCCCAGGCACAUCCACUACAUCUUCACGGUGAAAGGGUUCAUUAUGCCAAUUGCAGCUUUUGCAGUGUUCGGAUGGUGCAUGGCCAAUGGAGGUGGACUGGGCGCAAUGGACCUUGCUUCCAACGAAGGCGAGCUUGCUGCCUCGGUGACGCCUCUAGGAUGGAGCAUCAUGGCCGGCAUUAAUACCAUCUUCGGUUCCCUCUCGCCUAUGUUAGUCAACCAACCCGAUCUUGCUCGAUACUGCAAAAAGCCUCGAGAUGCUGGUAUAACCCAGGGUAUCAGUGUCUUCGUGGCCUCCAUUGUCGUGUUCUUCUUGGGCAUGGCCUCUACGACUUCUAUGCAGGCAGCAUAUGGCGUUGCUUACUGGAAUAUUUGGGACCUCUUCGAGGCCAUUCUCGACCACCAUUUCGGCGCUGGUGCGCGUGCGGGUAUUUUCUUCGCCGCUCUGGCGUUCUAUCUCGGAGUCUUCGCGACGAACUUUGGGGCGAACUCCAUUCCAUUUGGAAGUGACAUGACCGGUCUCUUCCCAAAAUGGCUUACCAUUCGUCGUGGCCAGGUGCUUUGCGCGAUCCUCGGUGUAGUCGUGCAGCCGUGGCAGUUGAUGAAGAAUGCUUCAGCCUUCUUGAGUUUCCUGGGUUCCUAUAACAUCUUCAUGGCACCUCUUUGCGGCGUCAUCAUCGUCGAUUAUUUCAUCGCACGAAAGGGAAACAUACAUGUACCAUCUUGCUACGAUGGUAAAAAGACAGGCCUCUACUGGUUCUGGUCCGGUGUAAAUUGGAACGGUGUGGUGGCAUGGCUACUUGGUACUACUAUGGGCAUUCCAGGUCUCAUCGGCCAGUACGAGCCGCAGAUCAUAUCGGCAGCUGCACAAAAUAUGUACCGUAUGGGCUGGCUGUUGACCUUCUUCACGGCAGCGACGAUUUACUGGGUUCUUACUCUCUUAGUCAAACCUCGAGUAUUCCCAGUCGGACGAGAGAGCACGCCGUUUGAACGGGAAUGGCUAGCGAACGAGGGCCGCGAGGGCUUCUACGACGGAGACAGAGAUGGUGGAGAGAUUUAUGCGGCUGCAACACCUCCUAUGACUGACGGAGGAGACGACGUUGAGAUUGGCGAGAAACUCACAGCCAGCGAGAUCUCGGCGAAGAUCAAAGCAGGCGAAACUUCAGUCGAAGAAUACGCAAAAUCACUUCUUGCGCGCAUUGAAUCGCGCGAUGAGGCCGUUCAAGCAUGGGCGUACCUUGACCCCGAGUAUGUUAUCAAGCAGGCGAGAGCGCUUGACGCCAUUCCAAGAGCUGAACGGGGACCGCUGCAUGGCGUUGCCAUCGCCGUAAAGGAUGUCAUCUACACCAAGGAUAUGCCUACACAAUUCAACUCACCCAUAUAUGCCAACGACGCGCCACAAGUAGAUGCCGGCUCCAUAGCGAUACUACGCAAGAACGGCGCACUCAUCUUGGGCAAAACAACCACGACCGAGUUUGCUGCAACGACCACCGGCCCAAAAACACGGAAUCCGCACGACCCGAAGCGUACUCCUGGUGGCUCUUCGUCCGGAUCUGGAGCCGCAGUAGGCGAUUUUCAAGCACCUAUUGGUCUAGGUACGCAGACUGGUGGUAGCACCAUUCGCCCUGGCUCAUACAACGGCAUCUACGCCCUCAAGCCCACAUGGAACUCUAUAACCCGCGAAGGCCAAAAGAUCUACUCGCUAAUUCUGGAUACACUUGGUCUCUACGCCCGCAGCGUGGCUGAUCUGGAACUCCUCGCCGACGCCUUUGCCAUUCACGAUGAUGCUCCGCCUCCAACAGAUUACACAGUGAAAGGUGCGAAGUUCGCCUUUCUCAAAACGAUGGUCUGGCCAAACGUUGGUCCUGGCACCUCGGCCGCACUUGACAAAGCUGUCUCGCUCCUUCGUGCACACGGAGCUGAGGUCGAGGAGAUUGAGUUCCCAGAGUAUCUGAACGAGUUGCCAAAUCGGCACGCGACAGUACUCAACUCUGACGGCCGAACUGCGUUUCUUCCAGAGUAUACGGUCGCUAAGGACAAGAUCUCGGAACAGCUCGUAGGCCAUGUUGAGAACAGCGGAAAGAUUUCGCGCAAAGCGCAACUUGAAGCCUUUGACGAGAUCGCGGCAGCAAGGCCGAUCGUGGACGAUAUACUUGGCAGAUACGAUGCCGUACUUACACCGAGUGUGCCAGACGAGGCGCCGUUGGGGAUUGAGAAGACAGGAAGUGCGGCUUUUUGUUUGAUCUGGACAGCACUGCAUACACCAGUAGUAAACGUUCCAGGGUUCAAGGGCGAGAAUGGAAUGCCAAUCGGCAUAUCGCUCGUUGCGCCUCGCUACCAUGACAGACGAUUGCUCGCUACAUUCGCCGACAGCCUUAGAGCUUCGCGUGUCCCGACGACAUCAUCAUCAUCAUCAUCGCUUGCAUCCAAUCUCACAAUCAUGGCGCCGCGCACACGGCUGGCAGCCACUACGGCUUCCGGGCUACUGCGAAGCUCAAGGCGGCUCGCAAUGCCAAGAAAAUGUCCACUUGCUACUGUUCUGACGGCGUCGUCGGUCCGCAGCUUCUCGCAGCUCAACUCGCACUCGGCCACAGAUCCGACCAACGUCUUCGCUUCUUUCGGCAGCUCCAGCUCCAACUCCAAGUCCGGGCUCCCCUCUUAUUUCUCGUCAAGCAAGCGUCUGCCGACAAACACGGUGAUCCGCUUCGUGCCACAGCAAACAGCAUGGAUUGUAGAGCGCAUGGGAAAGUUCAACCGCAUACUGGAGCCGGGUCUUGCCGUCCUGAUACCCUUCAUUGACAGGAUCGCCUACGUCCGGAGUCUGAAGGAGAAUGCCAUCGAGAUUCCCAGCCAGAGUGCCAUCACAGCGGACAAUGUCACGUUGGAGCUGGAUGGUGUGCUUUACACCAGGGUCUUUGACGCAUACAAGGCCAGUUACGGUGUAGAAGACGCCGAGUACGCCAUCUCCCAACUGGCGCAAACCACGAUGCGCUCCGAGAUUGGUCAGCUCUCCCUCGACCACGUCCUCAAAGAACGCGCCAACCUGAACGCCAACAUCACGGCCGCCAUCAACGAGGCAGCACAGGACUGGGGCGUCACUUGUCUCCGAUACGAGAUCCGUGACAUCCACGCACCCGAGCCCGUCGUCGAAGCCAUGCACCGCCAAGUAACUGCCGAACGUUCAAAGCGAGCCGAGAUCCUCGAAUCAGAAGGUCAGAGACAGUCUGCUAUCAAUAUCGCCGAGGGAAAGAAACAGUCAGUCAUCCUGGCCUCUGAGGCCUUGAGGGCUGAGCAGAUCAACAUGGCAAACGGAGAGGCUGAGGCUAUCUUGUUGAAGGCUACUGCUACUGCCAAUGGCAUUGACGCAGUUGCUCGCUCCAUCUCUCAAGGCGGGGGCGCAGCACAGAACGCCAUCUCGCUUUCCGUCGCUGAGAAGUACGUGGAUGCAUUCGGCAACCUGGCUAAGGAGGGCACAAGCAUUGUUGUUCCGGGCAAUGUUGGCGAUAUGAGUGGCAUGAUCGCUAGCGCCAUGGCAGUAUACGGCAACGUCAAUGCUUCCCAAGCAAAGGCGCAAGCGUCCAAGAUGGUCGAGGGCGGCAACAACAAGCAAAUCCAAGAGCUCCAGAGCAAGUUGAACGAUGCUGAGAGUGGAUCGAACCAGAUGCACAACGAGAUCAACAGGGUCAUGGACGAGAGGAACGGGAUACGACUGUACAUUAUACCACGCUGUAUAACUAGCAGCGAACCAGCAAGCGAUUGCAUUGGGGUUACGGUUAUUGGAUAUGGGCAUGACCCAAAAACAAGCAUCAUUCGCGGAGUCUUCUCUCUUCCACUUUGGAACUCCACUUCU